AUGGCCUUCAUUUUUUGCUUUCAAUUUUCCUCUCUUUUAUUUUUAUCAUCACCACCCCACAUCCCACCCGUCCAUUUUUUUUAUUUUUUUUAUUUCAAGUUAUCUGCGCCCGCUACGAAAGCUGCUGUUAGCUCCUCACACACGCAGAUCGACCGCCAUUUCUCACUGGUUUCGUUCGAUGUCAUUUUUUCCUCUCUUACCUAUUUUCUCCAUUCACACACACACACUCUCUUUUUUCUCUCGCUCUUCCUCUUCAUCGCUCAUUUUCUUUCUUUCUUACUAUUUCCCUCUUUCUUUCCUUCUUUCUUUCUUUCUUUCUUCCCUCUCUCUCUCUCUCACUCCCUCUCUCUCUAUAUAUCUAUCUUUUUCUACAUAAAUCUCUUUCAAUUUCUUUGCAUUUUAUUGACCACUUUUCUACCCGGAGUUUAUUUUUUCUUUCGUCGCACUCAACGCACUUCUGGGAGACCCCCCCUCUCUCUCUCUCUCUCUCUUUCUCACACACACACACACACACACACACACACACACACACUUUCUAUCUUUCUCUCUCUCUCUCUCUCUCUCUCUCUCUCACACACACUUUCAAUCUUUCUCUCUCUCUCUCUCACACACACAUACUUUCUAUCUUUCUCUCUCACACACACACACACACUUUCUAUCUUUCUCUCUCUCUCUUCCGCUCUUUCUCUCUUCCCACUCACUUUACAUGCAUUUCUUUUUAUUUCUCCUUCUCUUAUCAUAGUUUUUUUACGAUUCAUUACUUUUCUUUUACGAUUCAUCACGAAUUCGUUUUUUCUUCCUCUCUCACUCAUUCACAUUCUUUCUUUCUUUCUUUCUUUCUUUCUUUUCUAUUUCUAUCGCUUAUUCCUUUUAUUCUCUUUCUAUUUCUCUUUUUCAGAUUUAAUUUUUGUUCAUUUCUCUCUCUCUCUCUCUCCCCCCCUUUGGAAAUUUCUUGUAUUCUUUACCGUUUCUUUUCUCACAUGCUCUCUCUUCCUUCUAAUUUUAUCUCUCUUUGUAUCCUCUCUUUCCUUUUCUUCCUCUUUUGCUAUCCGCUAUCCUCUUCAUCGUUUCCUCCCUCACAUUUACUCCCUCUUCUUCUCUGGUAUCUUCCCUCUCUCUCUCUCUCUCUCUGGUUUCUUUUUCCCCCUCUCUCUUGUCCCCAUUCACUAUUUCCCUCAUUUGAUGUUUGCUUUCCUUUUUAUCUUAUCCUCCUCUCACAUUUCUCUCUUCUCUCUUGUUCUCUCUUCAUUCUCGCUCAUUCGUUCUCCCUCUCUCUCCCCCCCCCUUGCUUCCUUUGACGCUUUCUUUCCUCCCCCUUUCACAUUUCUCUAA